GCAAAAUGAAUACUCCAAAUCGUAGUGAAGAUGAUUUUCCAGGGAAAUACAGAUCGAACAGAGAGUACCUUGAAACUAUUGACCCAGCUGAGCUACAAAGACAGUAUGAUGAAGAGCAAUAUCACCAAAACUUCAUCCUCUUCGGUCAUAGUAAGAUAGCAACAACUGCUGAUGAAGCUGUUCAAGGAGAGAAAAGACCAGUCUUAAUAACCUGCCCCAUCUGAGGAAAGAAGGAUAAAACUGUGUUGAAAUAGGGUCAAAUCGCCCUUACAAUGGUGAAUCUGCUUCCUUUGCUGCAUUUUAAUUGUAUGAAUCCCAUGCUGUUGGGUCCCCUUUAAGAUAAAAGGAUUGUUCGCUUAUAGGCAUCAGUGAGCACACUGAAAUUACUUCAUCGGUAAAGCAAUCUAGUCUAGAGCUUUUGUUCAGGUCAAAUUUCAAUCUGGCUCCCUUAAGAGGG